AUGCUGGCUUCUGUAGGAUGUUGUUUUGUUCGCAAGCGCAGGGGACGAUCCAAGACACUCGAUAGCGCAGAACCGACCCAGAGAGGAUCAUUCGGGCAACUCACGACCGGAUUUAAUAUACCAACAACAGUCGACCAGAAUAAUACUAUCGAAACAUCCGUCACGAUGUCCAUUCCAGACCUCGCCUCAUGUACCGAAAAAGACAGCGCCUCGUUUACAGACCUCCCGAGCCCAAGAAGACAAGAUACCAAGCCAAAAUCCCCCACCUUAAUUCCACAGAACUCUCUCUUCUCAGACAAGAUGGAACUCAACUCAAACGAAGCUAUGGAACUCUACACCACAUGUGUGAUUGCCAGCCAGGAAGCGGCCGAAGCAAAACAGGCCCGUGGAUUUGUGUCGAUUGAUUUCGAAAAGAUGCAGCAAAAAGCAACCACGAUGAAGAACACUCUCCACCAAUCCCUUCGUCGCCAAAGAUCCCUAAAACUAUCCGUGCCUGUCAACCAGAUGUUUCAUUCGGGAGACGAGCCUCCCUCUCCCCUCUUGAGCUCAUCAUUGUACUCCCAGAACCCACUCCAGCCAAGAUCAAAAGAAACCUUACAAAAGUCUCCUAUUGACAAUGAUUUCACUGUCGAAUCACUUGCUAUUCUCUCCCCAACUCGACACUCUACCAAAAUGAGCCUCAAGACCCAGUGUGAACCUAGUACGAUUACUGGAGAUGACUGGGUAGUCAGUCCGGUCAGUGUGCGGAGUCACACCCUACAAUCCAUCCCAGCCUUUGAAUCAACAACAGCCGUAGCAGCAGCUCUAGCAGAACAUGGACAAGAACAGGAUGAAGAGCUAGAAGGCUACGAUAUGGCCGAUAGUCCUCUCAAGGAAGUUACGGCUGUGAAUGCUGCCCGUCGUGUGAUCCGCUCUGCAUCCAGAAAGACCAAGACACGAUCGGUUCUGAUCAGCGACGAGGCUGUGACUAUGAUGUUUGGCCAGCCAGACGACUCUCUGACCAGAGAGGGUCGACCAACACCUCGCAUGCCACCCGUCCCAAAGGCAGACGAAUCCAAUUACUUUGCCAGUGUACGAAGUCGUGAUCCACGCACACUCGAGAACAUUACCAUCACAUCUGGAUCUGUCCGACGCCUGGUCCGAGAUAGUAUCGUGACCGAAGGAAGAGCGACCGUGUCGGCAGGUGUUCGCAGUGGCCCUGGGCCAGGUGCUCGAGAGAUUGCGGGCUGGUGGCAGCAAAGCCCAAAACAGGCCCAGACUAACAAGGAAGCCAACCUCCCCAUGUCUGUUGCCAAUCUUCCUCGCCUUGUGCCUCCCGUUGGAUCUGGAUCUCACACCAGCAACACUGCAAAAACCCUGGCCGUCCGAGAUCUGCGUAUCCUCGGCAACAAGGGUGAAGGUCUCACCAGAACAGGCUCAAAACGGGCCAGCACGCUGGGACGCAGCUCACAGAAACCGGUGCCUAGUCUUAAUGGUGUCAAGUCGCUCAAGCAUCUCUUUGAGACACCAACAUCUAGGGUCACACCUGAUCCUCAGGGGUCACUCAAACCAGCUCGUCCAAUUCCAUCGUGGGGUAUUGCUGAUAAAGGAGUAUUAUCGGCUGGACAAGAUCUCAGCCCUGAGGCCACGGAUGAACCAUCAGAUUCUGCUAAAUAUGCGGUCUCGGAUCAGGACAUGGCAAUGCAGGCGAGCAUUUAUGCGGCAAAGGCAAAAGCUAACGCUAACACUAAUGCCAGUGCCAGUGCCAGUGCCAGUGCCAGUGCCAGUGCCAGUGCCAGUGCCAAUGCUUCUAGAUCCAAAAUCGGAAGUGCCUCUGUGUCGGGCAAGAAAGGAGGCGAGGUGGCUACUAUCCGUCGUAUGCUGCAGUCGACUUGGGAGAACAGCUUGAACGGUAGUGAGUCCACGACAAGCUUUACAUCCGACCUCAGCAACUGUUCGCAGCAAUCGCCAUCCAUGCUAGCAACUCCUCACCAGAGCACCCAGUUUCUUCAAUCUCUAUCUGUUCGAGCCAACCCUUCCCGACGACCGACCAUGCCGGCCAGCUUUGUAGACCAUGAACAGGGUAGCUUUCGAUAUGAGGAUGAGGAUCAAGAUCAAGAUCGAGCUCCUACUUCUUCUCUUUCGUCUUCUACUGUACGUACUAUGGUGCCUACUUACGACACCAGACAGUACUCUGGUGAAAGUCGUCGUCUGCAAGAAAUGUCUGAUACUUUCGGAAGCGGGCGUGAGAGUGAGUUCCGCCCGCCGAAUGACAGAGCUUCCAAUACAGGUACAAUGCUGCGGGCCAGUGCAAACAAUAACAGUGUAGCCAAGACUUGGAAUGGCCGGGCUCAGAAGAGCAGGCCCGGGCUUCUGGCAGAGCCAUCGGCGGCGGUAAUGUCGCGUGCCUUGGAGGCCACGAGUAUCGGACGGUCAAAAGGGCGCAAGCCGAUCUUCAGCACGCUUCGCACAGGCUCUCGACAACGGGGAGGUCUUCCGUGGGCAGAAGACGACGAAGAUGAGGCAAGCCUUGAAAGUCAGACAGAAUAUGACCGGUACCUGGGUUCGCCCGACGUCCGAUCUCCAGCCACAGGCUCGGAGCGAUCUUCUUGGGCAACGAUUCGACCCUCAAGCUAG